GAAUCCUCGCCAUUGAAUAAUUCGAUUAAUCGUUUUUCCGAUAAGCUUCUUCGUUGAAUCCUUCUCCGAUCUCUCCAAAUUCGAUCGUUUAAUUGAUUUGAAAUUCGUAUUUCGGAUUUUUUUUUCUCUCUGUUUCUUUACCAACAAAAAAAAUCUUCAAUGGAUAAGAAGAAGAAUUCGUUUCCAGAUAAUCUUCCUGAAGGCACAAUCUCUGAGAUUAUGCAGAAGCAGAACAAUGUGCAGCCAUCUGUUAUUGUGAUUGGUAGUGGUAUAUCAGGUCUUGCUGCUGCUAGGAAUCUCUCUGAAGCUUCUUUUAAGGUGACUGUUCUUGAAUCACGCGAUAGGAUUGGUGGUCGUAUCCAUACCGAUUAUUCGUUUGGCUGUCCUGUUGAUAUGGGAGCUUCAUGGUUACAUGGAGUCUCUGAUGAGAAUCCCUUGGCUCCCAUUAUACGCCGUCUAGGGCUGACUUUAUACCGAACUAGCGGGGAUGAUUCCAUCUUGUAUGAUCAUGAUCUGGAGAGUUAUGGACUUUUUGACAUGCGUGGGAAUAAAAUUCCGCCGCAGUUGGUCACUGAAGUUGGAGAUGCAUUCAAGAGAAUUCUCGAAGAGACGGAGAAAAUAAGGGAUGAAACUACAGAUGACAUGUCUGUUCUUCAAGGAAUAUCUAUUGUCUUGGAUAGAAAUCCAGAACUAAGGCUACAAGGUAUAGCGUACGAAGUUUUGCAGUGGUACUUAUGUAGGAUGGAGGCAUGGUUUGCAGUAGAUGCGAAUUUGAUAUCACUAAAAUGUUGGGAUCAGGAUGAAUGCCUUUCUGGUGGUCAUGGUUUAAUGGUGCAGGGUUACGAGCCAGUGAUCAGAACUAUUGCAAAAGAUCUUGAUAUUCGCUUGAGCCAUAGGGUUACUAAAGUUGUAAGAACAUCUAAUAACAAGGUGAUAGUCGCUGUUGAAGGUGGAACCAAUUUUGUUGCUGAUGCUGUUAUAAUUACGGUUCCAAUCGGUGUCCUCAAGGCAAAUCUAAUUCAAUUUGAGCCAGAGCUCCCACAAUGGAAAACCUCUGCGAUAUCGGGUCUUGGUGUAGGCAAUGAGAAUAAGAUUGCCCUGAGAUUUGACAGAGCGUUUUGGCCCAAUGUGGAGUUCCUCGGGAUGGUGGCGCCGACUUCUUACGCAUGUGGCUAUUUUCUGAAUCUUCACAAAGCAACAGGCCAUCCGGUGCUUGUUUAUAUGGCUGCAGGGAAUCUAGCACAAGACCUCGAAAAGCUAUCUGAUGAAGCUACAGCAAAUUUCGUGAUGCUGCAACUUAAGAAAAUGUUUCCCGACGCUCCAGACCCGGCUCAAUAUCUAGUGACAAGGUGGGGAACAGAUCCAAACACAUUAGGGUGUUAUGCGUAUGACGUAGUAGGGAUGCCGGAAGAUCUGUACCCGAGGCUAGGAGAGCCUGUAGAUAAUAUAUUCUUCGGAGGUGAAGCUGUGAAUGUGGAGCAUCAAGGAUCCGCUCACGGAGCCUUCUUAGCAGGAGUCACAGCCUCGCAGAAUUGUCAAAGGUAUAUCUUUGAACGACUCGGGGCUUGGGAGAAACUCAAACUUGUUUCUCUGAUGAGGAACAGUGACAUUCUCGAAACCGCUACUGUGCCUCUCCAAAUCUCCAGGAUGUGAUUUGAUUCAAUUACAUCUACUUGAAAGACAAAAGCAGGGUUCCAAUUUUUUUUUCCUCAAUCUGAACAAAUAAAGAAACAUUCACCAAUUCU